AUGAGAUGGGAGAACUUCUGCCAGGUCCUGCGUCCGUUCCGAGAACCCGCUGGAGACGGCAUAGUCUGGCCAGUGGCAGAGGGAUGCGACCAAUAUACGCUCACGACGGAGCAACUCGCCCAGAAAGCUGAGAAACGCGCCCGCAGCCGUCUGUACGAAAUCGUCGAGCCCUUCUCCGGCUGGUGGUUCCCCUGUACGAAGGGCGUCUGCGUCUGCUGUCAUCCGCCCUGCACCGACGAGCCACGUCUGCCACUGAGGGUCGGGCAGGAGGUGGUCGUUACGAGGUGGAAGAGGUACUGGCUCUACGGAGAAAGGAAAACUAGCUCAUCCACCCUUCCUUCUCCUCCUCCUCCUUUAUCAUCAUCUCCUCUUCCUUCUUCUUCUUCCUCGUUAUCAUCACCUCCUCCUCUUCCUCCUCCUUCUUCCUCCUCUUCCUCUUCAGCAACUCGUCACCGCGGUUGGUUUCCGAGAAGAUGUGCCGUCCAGGUCAUGUACGAGGGGAAGAAGACGCGAUAAGGGAUAAAGGAGGGAAGUGGGAGAAACUGCAAUAAAAGAGGAAAUGGAGAAACGGUAAUAAUGGAGGAGAUAGAGGGAGGAAGUGAUAAAGGAAGGAGAUAAAGGGAGAGAGUGAUAACGGAGGAAAGAAUAAGGGAUAAAGGAGGGAAGUGGGAGAAACUGCAAUAAAAGAGGAAAUGGAGAAACGGUAAUAAUGGAGGAGAUAGAGGGAGGGAGUGAUAAAGGAAGGAGAUAAAGGGAGAGGGGAUAAAGGAGGGAAGUGGGAGAAACUGCAAUAGAGGAGGAGAUAGAGGGAGAGAGUGAUAAAGAAAGGAGGUGGAGGGAGGGAGUGAUAAAGGAAGGAGAUGGAGGGAGAGAGGGAUAAAGUAGGGAAGAAGACACAAUAAAGGAUAAAGGGUGGAAGAGAAUAGUAAAGGAAGGAAAUGGGAUAAUCGAAGAUGAAGGAGGAGAUGGAGAGAGGGAGUGAUAAAGGGAGGAAGUGGGAGAAACUGCAGUAAAGGAGGAGAUGGAGGGAGAGAGUGAUAAAGGAAGGAAGUGAGAUAAUCAAAGAUAAAAGAAGGAGACAGAGGGAGAGAGAGUGAUAAAGGAGGGAAGUGAGAUAAUCAAAGAUAAAAGAAGGAGACAGAGGGAGAGAGAGUGAUAAAGGAGGGAAGUGAGAUAAUCAAAGAUAAAAGAAGGAGAUGGAGGAAAGGAAGAAAAGAAGUAAAUAAGAGGAAUAAUGAAAUGUAGAAGAAGGAAGAGGAGGAAAAGGAAAAGAGAAAGAGAAAGAAGGAGAAAGAGGAAGAGGAAGAAAAGAGAAAGAAAGAAAAAGAAAGAGAGGAAGAGGAGGAAAUUGAAUAAGGAAAUAAGGAAGAGAAGAGAGAGAAUGGUAGAGGAGGAGGAAAAAGAGAAAGAGAGAGAAAGAAAGAGAGAGAGAGGAGAAAAGAGAGAAAGAGGAAUGGAGAAAGUAAGAGAAAGAGAAAGAAAGGAGGACAUAGGAGAGAGAACAAUGAGGUGGAGGAAGAGAAAGAGAAAGAGA